AACUCAGGACCUUUGGAAGAACAGCCAGUGCUCUUAACCUCUGAGUCAUCUCUCCAGCCCUAGAAUGAUUUUUUUUAAAAACUCAUUUGUAUAUUUUUUUUUACUUCCCUAUGUGGUCUUGCAUCACUUUUUUUUAAAUGACAAUAAUGAAAUGAAUGGAUAUUGAAUAUCCAUUCAAUAUAUGUAGAUGGACUAUAUGUAAUUGAAUAUAUAUGGGUGCUAGUAUAUGUACAUAUAUGUGAAGAUAGGCAAACCAUCCUGAAUUAAUUCAUAUUAAUGAUUCAUUUUACAAAGUACAUUUCCAUUUUGAGGGGACUUACAAUUAUUCUAAAAUUGAUCUGAAGUAGGCUAAAACCCAAUUAUUAUUUUUUGCAAUUAUUAUUUUUAAAAGGAUAAUAGAAAUGAACUUUUAAUUCAAGAUACUAAAGGUAUUAUAAGAGUUCACAGCUUUUAGACACGGGACAAUAAGUAUAUGAGGUCUGCUUUGUAAUUAGUACUGGGGAAAAACCUAGUUAGAGCCUGUUCUCACACUAUAGAGCAUAGUAAGUUCAACAUGGAUAGAGUUAAAAGAGAAAACUCUACCUAUUAAAGACUGAGUCAGUGGAUUCUUUUUGACAAUGAAAAAACAUUUUUUAAAUCUCUAUAAUUGAUAAGAAAAAGCCCAUUUUUGUUAUUUUUAAAAUGUCUUGUCUUUGUUAUUUUGGUUUGACCUGGCUCUUUUUUUCAAUGUUAACAGAAACCAUGCAGUGACACCUGCUGAGACUUGUUGGUAGCCAUGUCGGAGCCCCACAGGGUCCAGUUCACCUCUCUCCCAGGUUCUUUGAAUCCUGCAUUUUUGAAGAAAUCCAGGAAAGAGGAGGUUGGAGGAACAGAACAGCAUCAAGACUGUGAUCCGGCUGCAGCAGCCGUUCGGAUUACACUCACUCUCUUUGAACCAGAUCACAAACGCUGCCCAGAGUUCUUCUACCCAGAGCUGGUGAAGAGCAUCCGAGGGAAGGUGAAAGGCCUUCAUCCAGGAGACAAGAAAAAAGAUGUUUUGGAUCCUUUCAAUGAUGAAGAAAAAGAAAGGCAUAAGGUGGAGGCCCUUGCACGGAAAUUUGAAGAAAAAUAUGGUGGGAAGAAACGCAGGAAAGACCGAAUACAGGACUUGAUUGACAUGGGGUAUGGCUACGAUGAGUCGGACUCUUUCAUUGAUAACUCUGAAGCGUAUGAUGAACUUGUUCCUGCUUCUUUGACCACAAAGUAUGGAGGAUUUUACAUUAACUCGGGAACCUUGCAGUUUAGACAAGCUUCAGAAUCUGAAGAUGACUUCAUUAAAGAAAAGAAGAAAAAAUCUCCAAAGAAGCGGAAGUUGAAGGAAGGUGGUGAAAAGAUAAAGAAGAAGAAAAAAGAUGACACUUACGACAAGGAGAAGAAAUCGAAAAAGUCCAAGUUUUCCAAAGCCGGCUUCACAGCCCUCAAUGCCAGUAAGGAGAAAAAGAAGAAGAAGUACUCUGGGUCUUUAAGUGUUAGAGAGAUGCUCAAGAAGUUUCAGAAGGAGAAAGAGGCUCAGAAAAAGAGGGAGGAGGAGCAUAAGCCUGUAACUGUGACAUCAGUGGAAGCUCAGGGCCUGAGGGAACUGGAGGGCACUUCUGACCCCUUGCUCUCACUCUUUGGCUCCACUUCUGACAAUGACUUGCUCCAAGCUGCCACUGCCAUGGACUCCCUGACGGACUUGGACUUGGAGCAGCUGCUCAGUGAGUCUCCAGAAGGAAGCCCUUUCCGAGAUAUGGAUGACGGAAGCGAUUCCCUUGGGGUGGGAUUGGAUCAGGAAUUCAGGCAGCCCUCUUCCUUCCCUGAAGGCCUGCCAACACCCCUGGAGAAGCGUGUUAAGGAGCUGGCUCAGGCUGCCAGAGCUGCUGAGGGGGAGAGCAAACAGAAGUUCUUCACUCAAGAUAUUAAUGGAAUCCUGCUAGACAUAGAGGUGCAAACCCGGGAACUGACGAGCCAAAUCCGUUCUGGGGUGUUUGCUUAUCUGGCUUCAUUCCUGCCCUGCAGCAAGGAUGCUCUGGUCAAGCGUGCUCGGAAACUUCACCUUUAUGAGCAGGGUGGGCGCCUCAAAGAGCCACUCCAGAAGCUUAAGGAUGCCAUUGGUAGGGCAAUGCCUGAGCAGGUGGCCAAGUACCAGGAUGAAUGCCAAGCACACACACAAGCAAAAGUUGCUAAGAUGUUGGAGGAAGAAAAAGACAAGGAGCAGAGAGAACGGGUUUGUUCUGAUGAAGAAGAAGAUGAAGAAAAGGGGGGCCGGAGAAUUAUGGGACCCCGGAAGAAAUUCCAGUGGAAUGAUGAAAUCAGGGAGCUUCUGUGCCAGGUGGUGAAGAUCAAACUGGAGAGCCGUGAUCUGGAAAGGAACAGCAAGGCCCAGGCCUGGGAGGACUGUGUGAAAGCUUUUCUGGAUGCUGAGGUUAAGCCCCUCUGGCCCAAAGGCUGGAUGCAGGCCAGGACUCUAUUUAAGGAGAGCCGACGAGGCCAUGGGCACCUGACCUCACUUCUGGCCAAGAAGAAAGUAAUAGCUUCCUCAAAAAUCAAGGUGAAGGAAUCAUCUGCUAAGCCUGACAAAAAAGUUUCCAUCCCAUCAGGACAGCUUGGUGGUCCCACUACUUUGCUCUCAGAACAUCAGGGUGGAAGUUUGAGCACUGGGGCAACCAGCAGAGAGCAUCCAUCCCAGGUGACUUGUGGCCUCACUGACCCUGUUCCUGUAACCCUGGAGGACUCACUGGAUGAAGACCUGGUUCAGAAUCCAGCCUCCUCUGUGGAAGCUGUGUCUAAGGAGCUGGCUGUAUCAAACAGUAGAGCAGCCAACAGUUCCGAAUUCACACUGCCUGUACCCUCUAAAGCACCAACAGAAAAAGUUGCUGGUGUUUUGUGUUCAGAAGAGAAACGGAACUUUGCAAAGCCCAGCUCUUCUGCACCACCACCCACUAAUGCUCUUCAGUCACCUCUCAAUUUUCUGGCUGAACAGGCUCUAGCACUGGGGCAGUCCUCUCAGGAGAAAAAGCCAGAGAGUUCUGGCUAUAAAGAGCAAUCCUGCCAGGCUCCCCUUAGCAAGGGUAUGCCUGAAUUGCACCAGUCCAAAGCAAAGCACCAUAGUUUGCCACGGACGUCUCAUGGACCCCAGGCAUCAGCUCCCAUGCCUGGCCCCCAAGUCAAAGUGUUUCAUGCAGGCAGUCAACAGCAGAAAAGCUUCACACCCCCAUCCCCCUUUGUCAACAAGCUGCAAGGCCCAAAGGCCACCUCUCCACAGUGUCAUCGGUCCCUCUUACAGCUGGUAAAGUCAGCAAACAAAGGCCAGGCCUUCCAUGCCACUAUGCCAGCCUCUGGAAGUUCACCAACCUCCAGCAGCAGCUCCCAUAAGACAACAGCCUCAUCCUCUACUGCCCUGAGCCAUCCAUCAAAGCAGCAUCCAACCAGCUCUGUGGGACCAUCUUACAAGAAUAACCCAUUUGCUGGCUCAGUCUCUAAACAUGGGGCUGCUUCUAGUAGCCCAUCUUCUGGAGGAGCCCAAGUGCAGAGCUCUGUUUCUGGGACCUUGCUACCUGGCGUGCAGCAGCCUCCCUCUACAGGGCAGCCUGCUAACCGAACUGCCCCAAGUUCUGCUGUGAAAAAAACACCUGUUUCUCAGAAAUUGACUCUUGUGGCUCCACCUGGAGGUCCAAAUGGAGAUUCUGGUGGUGGGACCCAGGGAGUGGCAAAGUUACUGACCUCCUCCCUGAAGCCUGCUGCAGUUAGUAGUGUGACAUCUUCUACCUCCUUGCCAAAAGGAACUGGCGGGGCAGUGCUGCUGUCCAACACCUCUCCCUUAAGCCUGCUGCCUUCAUCCUAUAAGACCAACGGCCCCAAGCUUCCAGGAGCUAUGAACUCAAACUCACUGGGAAUCUUAACCCCUGUCCCAUUUCCACUUCAUGUGCUCUCCUUCAGUGCAGACUCCUCUGCCAAAGCAGGAGUCUCUAAGGAUGCCAUUGUCACAGGUCCUGCCCCUGGGACCUUCCACCAUGGCCUCAGCCACAGUCUUCUGGCUGGCUUGCAUUCCAGCCCACCACACACAGCGCCUCUCCCACAUGCUGCUGUGUCCACCCAUGUCCCACAGAGUCUGCCAGAUGCUUCACAGCUUCAUGGAAAAGGGCCUGUUGUACCAAGGAAAUUGUGACCACUGUGGAGGAUGGAAUCAAAUGAUGUAGGUCUAGGAGAAAGCCCAACACGUAGGUCUCAGAUAACGGACAUCUGCUGUGCUCUUCCUGCCCACUGCUUUUCUUCUGGAGUAGGCAUGAGUUUGAACUGGAGCACUUCUUAGCACUUCUGAUGGGCCUCCAACCAAGGGGCAGCUUCUGCUGCUCACAAAGCACUUACUGACUUGGUGCUCUGGGCCUCGUGGCUUUUGUCGCUGGACGACAUCAAGGGGCAGCUCGGGGCUGGGGAGUGUGCCUAGACUGUUGGAAAGCACAGUGUGCAUGAGCUCCUGUGCAAGUCUGUUGGCUACUGGGAUCUAGAUCUACCUAACUCCUGGCAUUUGGUUUGAGUAUCUCAGAGCUCCCUACUGGUCAGGGAUUCCUUCUGGCCACAGUAGAAUCCCUGGAUGGUUGUGAUUCCGUCCCGCCCUCAGGCUGUGUGCUCAAGAGGACAAGACCCAGGCCAGAGCCACAUGUGGGAGACCUUGCAAAAUACUAAGAACACUUAAUGUGUGCUCAUUGUAGGGGCCAGUUUCUCCUCCGAACAUGACAAUGAAGCUCUUAUAGAGAAAAAGAUCUUUAUAGAUUCAGCAAUCGUGGUAGGUUUUUAAAGACACCUAUCUUGGGCUGUUGUUGUGAUUACCAUUGAAUGCAUUGGAUAGAAUGAGACUGCUCUUCACACAUCACAUUAUAGGAAGACUUAAUUCCAGUGCCUUUUUGGUGGAGCAGACUUUGACAACUUGCAUCUAUCCAUUCAGCCCACUGAGUGGAUCUGAGAUGAAGAUCUUUUUUAAAGCUAGUCUGUAUUUAAGACAGUUUUAUUUAAUUGGGUUUUUUAUGACUGCACAUCAUAACCUGUGCUGUCCUGACUUGAAAGUCAUCUGAGCCCCCACACCCCAGGUUCCCAUGGAGCUACAGCUCUGUUUUGUUUUUCUCAAGUUGAUGCAGGUGGACUGCAGGGGAGCUCCUUCACCCUCUGUGUCUGAGGGCCCAGGGGUUCCAAGCCACAGGUAGACAUUCCACUUUGUCUUAUUCUUAGAAAUCUCUCUUUCUGGCAGAGCCGCAGGACAGGCCUCUCUGAAGCAACAGCCACAGAGAACAGGUCUGGGGUGCUGGUGCUCUCUGGACAGAGAGCUUCUGUGUGGGCUUAGGGGUGAUAUGCAGAGGGGCUAGAGAGUGGACAAAGAUAGUGACUGCAGAGC